AUGGUCGACCCCGACCUCCCUUCCAAGAUCCGCACUGUGAUCAAAGAACCCCACGGCGCGGUCAACCGUCUCAACACUGACCGAAUUCCCCUUUGUCUCCCUCCCAACGCCACCUCUCCCUCUCUCUACGCCCUCGGCUUCUCCCGCUAUGCCGAGAUCUACCUUGGCUUCGAAGAAGCCUGGCAGACCCAGCUCGCUACACCCCCAAUAACCCCCAGCCAGACCUCCAUGCCCCCCGACGAACGAAUCCGCACCAUCCUUCGCAAUAUCUACAUUCCGGAACUACAUCGCUCCAAUCGCGUGAAGGCCGAUCUCAACUUUUUACCCAACCUGCCCAAUACCAACAUUUCCAACACUAACACAGGCCAAGAGUUCCGGGCGUAUAUCAAUUCCCGUAUCUCAGAUAAGCCCCAUCUCCUAGUCGCAUAUGUCUGGAUCAUGUACUCUGCUUUAUUCAACGGCGGACGGUGGAUUCGGGGGUUGUUGUGUGACGCGGGCCCGAAGUUCUGGGGCCUGGAAGAGGGACAGUUACACGUGUGGAAGGAGGGGCGGUAUCCGCCCCCUUUGUCAUUUUGGCAGGUCGAGGGGGAAAGAGGGGGGGAUGAUGGGGGUGUGAGGGAUGAGUUUCGGAUGAGGGUGGUGGAGGCCGAUGAGUUUUUGACGGAGGGAGAACGGCAGGAGAUUUUGGAUGAGACGUUGGAGAUUUUUAAGUGGUGUGAGAGAAUUACUCGGGAGUUGGAUCGUGAUGUUGCCGAGAUGUAUGGAUUGGCUGAAUCUUCGGAUGAAUCCAGUGACUCGGUGGAUGAGAAGCUCAGUUGGAGUGAUUGGAUGGAUAUAGGUCGGCGGUUGCUUAGUUAUUUGACGGGAUGGAACUAG